AUGUCGAAUUUCCGUCAUCCGCAAGCGACUCCCGCCAGAAAUGUAAGUGUUCCCACAAUAUUCAUUCGAUUUUCUGUUGUUUUUGUGAAAAAUUACAUGUGUUCAUUGAAUUGUAACGUUUUUAAACGGAAAAAAUAAUUGGCAACAAAAUUGAAAACGACGAAUUUUCCUCAAUUUCCCCCCGUUCACAGCGUAUUUUUGCAGUUCCAAGAGAUGGGAAUGCGUGGCGGCGGUGGCGGUCCGAAGCAGCCGGAAAGGCCGAUGGCGCCGUACAUGCGGUACAGCCGGAAGACGUGGCCGCGAGUGCGUGCGGAGAACCCGGACGCCCAGCUCUGGGACAUUGGGGCGCUCGUGAAGCGGAUGUGGACAGAGACGAGCGAGGCAGAACGGGCACACUACCAGCACGAGUUCGAGAUGGAGCGCGCCGAGUACGAGAAGCAGAUGAAGCACUUCCAAGCCGGAAACUCGGGCGUCUCCAACUUUAUCAUCAACAAGGUACGCUUUCGCUCUCUCGCUCUACACUUUUUCCACAGAAAUCACUGAUUUCUUCUGCUAUUAAAUGAGGCGCUACAACGGAGCAGAACUCGAACGAGUAAAAAGUGACACUGUUCUUUCCGAUGUAGCGCCUUCAAAAUGAAAUGAGAAUUGUGCGGAAACAAGUGGUGAAAAGUUGAAGGGUCGCGCGAAGAACAACGAGAAGAUGUCGCGGAGCCGGAUGGACGCGGGCGGAGUCGUCAUCCAGCCGGUCGACGAGGACGACGGCGGCAACGAGAUGAGCACGAGACGACUGGCGGGAGUCCGCUACGAACGCAACAACCGACUCAUCGCCGACCUCUUCUCGCCGAGCAUAGUGACGGACACGCGGUCGGUGGUGCCGCUGCAUCGAAUGGAGAUGCUCAAAAGACAGGCGGCCUCGUUGGGCACGCAUCAGAGUAAGCUGGAGGAGGAGCUGAGCAAGCUGGAGAGGGCGCACGACGAACGGAAGCGCGCCAUCGAGAAGGGCAGCGACGAGUUCCAGGAGCAGCUGAAGAAGGUGGUCAACGAGAAGCCGGUGGUCGACGAGCAGAAAUUCGAGGAGACGGUCACCGAGUGGGAGGGCAAACUCGCCGUCGCCUACGAGGAGUACAAAAAGAAACAGGCCGACGCCGCCUCCAAGAAUGGUAAGCACGUCUAGACAGUCGUGUUUGUGAAAUGUUCAAUCGAUUUCUGUAAUUUUUAGGUGCAGAGAAGUGAAAUUAAUCUUGUUUGAAUAGACCCAUAAAAGUAGAAAACACUGACUGUACUCUAAUCAUCGUUAGCGCGUGGUUCUUUGUUCAGCACAACGGGAAACAUUCAUUUGAUAAAAACUGUGACAAUUUUGACGCGCCGAUCGUUUUCUCAUUUUCACUGAAAAACGCACAAUUUUCAUACCGACAGUUCGGACGAACUUUGAAUGAAUUGAUGGAGUGAUUUUAUUAAUGAAAACAAGGAGUUGAAAAUGGGAAAGAAAAGAUAAACUUUUAAUAAAUAUUGUAAAGUUGAGAAAAGUGGUGUAGUGCUAAACAUUUUUAAGUGAAAUCUUUAUGUCUAGUACUUUGUUUUUGUACUUGACAGCUUCUUUGUACGACCAUUCGCAAAGGUAUUGUAGCUCCGGGAAGUUAAAGAUGCAUUUGAGCUGUCCUAACUUCCAAGAGCUACAGUACUCCAGGGAGUGGUAGUAGAAAAAAGUUGUCAAGUACGAAAGCAAAGUACUAGAUGAGAAGCUCUCACUAAAAAAAUUUCAGAGCGAUACCACUUCUCUCCGUCGCAUAAUAUUCAUUCAAAGUUUGCUUCCAAUUCAAACUUUAAAAAAAAGCGGUGCCCAAUUCAAUUCAAGUUCCAGCCAAUUCGGCGCCACUCUUGCGCAAUCUGGUGAUGGAAGACGGUCCCAAGACGCAAGAAGAGCCGGAAAAAGUAGAAGAGCCGAAAGAAACGGACCCAAAAGAGCCGGCGACGGAGGAGAAGGCGCCGACAGAGCCGGUAGAAGCGGAAAAAAUGGAGGAGAACUGA